AAUCAGGUGUUGGUAGGUCUGGUUCCCUGUCUCAACCCUGUUUACAACAUACAGAGUGCAAAAUCUGUUUACCCACUGGCCAUUGCCAAUUGUAAAGAAAACAGGGAAAGCCUGAAAGUACUUUUAAAGGAUGUAAAUGAACAAAAGAGAAUCAUCAAGAACCAAGGAAUUUUUGUUGAUGGCAUGAAGUUCAAUGUAGAAUUUGAGGCUUCAUUGGACUACAAAACACUGAUCCUUCUUUUGGUAAAGAAAGGGGAUCUUGAUUUUCAACUUGGUGGUCGAGGGGUAGAUGUAGAAUUCUGCUUUAUAUGCAAUGCAAUCAGGGGUUGCAAAUGUCAUGAAGUGGCCCCAGAUGAAACCUGCCUAGAAUGCCUACGAAGCAAGUGUAACAUAGGCAGGUAUACUUUAAGUUUAGCCAUUCAUGAUCAUUAAAUAAUGCACAG